UGAUCUUUAUCAGAAAUUCAGUAUAGCUUCAGCAAUGCCAUUCGUCAGUCGAUACGUGUUUCAGCUUUUUUUCUUAUUCCUCCCUUCUGGCUUGAUCUGUAAUAAUUGUGAAUGGCGGGAGAAAAAAGGUAGUGCCAACUAACAAAACUCUCUUUCUGGCAACGACGAAACAAUAGCUGAAAGGAAUUGCAUAGAAUAUUACUCGAUGCUCUAGAAACGCUUGCUGAAGCUAAAAGUAUGUGCUGAAAAGAAGGCACAGUUUUAAAAGGCAAAAAACUGCACGGAGCCGUAAAGUCCCUUGCGCCAUGAUUUCUAUCCUGUUGACUGUGGUUCUCGCCGUGAUUUCAUUCUCUGUUAUUUCAUCAGGUAUGACCUAGUCAGUAACUACACCACUAUUCUUGUACAAGCAUGUCAAUAACGUACUUAUUCAGACAUUAUAUGUAUACAAAUAAUGACAAACCGAGCGAUACUGUCUAUUUUCUGAUGUUUUAGAAGCUGGAAUUAAUAACAUCCCAAGAAAUAACAGCGAAAACAAGUAAGAAUCUGUAACAACUAUACAUUCUAAAUACUCUUAAUCUUACGAUUGUCGCAUCUUUAGUCGCAUAACUCAGCCGGAAGAACAGUCUAUGAUUUAGCAAACCCAACGCCUGUUCAGCUUUACAGUAUCAGUAUUAUGUUCACUACUCAAUAGGCCAUUUGCAUGAUGGCGUCAUUUUACUGCUACGAUCAGAAUCCUUCGGGUUUUUGCUUUCUUGUGCAAAUUAGGGCUUUCUCAUUGGAAUUUUAUACAAUGCCUGGGCCGGUACCAUUAACGCGUUCGCAAUGAAACUCUUGUGAUUUCAUUCAGGCUAUAUUCUUAAUUAUUGGAACUGAAAGUUCAUACGUCAUCUUGGAACAACGUUCUGCUAAUACAAAACACCCUGUUUAAUAAGGUUGCCUAAACUAGAUCUAUAAAAUUCCAUUCCAAUCGGAUCGAGGACAAAGGAGAAACGGGUCCGUUUAAAGACCACUUACUUUUAAUUAAUACAACGUUUUAUCACUAUUUUAUCUCAGCUCUUUCCAUCACAUUUCAUCGUGCAUUCCAUAUGGCAUCAAUCAAUCCCUAUUCAAAAACGGUGGUUACUGCAAAAGUGUGAUCGGUAAUGUGCCAGUUAAGGGAACCAUUUUGGAGCUCCGUGACAAAGAAGAGAGAUUGGAGAUGUUUGGCUGGUUGAUUAGAUAUUCCAAGCAACAGCAUCGACCACGCCAAAGCUGCCUCAAUCAGAUCAACGAUAUAUACUGUCAUCAUUACUUUCAACGGUGUUACAUUGAUUUUACGGUUCAGCGUGUUUGCAGAGAAGCAUGUGAGAAAUUAAAAUCUGAACAUUGUGAUCCGGAGUUCGAAAAGGCAGAUCAUUUAAACCGUAAGGGAACACACAAGUUUCACAUCAUAGACUGCGCAGAUCUGCCAUCUCGAAAAGGAUCAAGUAUCUGCUACGACCCCGCUAACAGGACCGAAGGUUAGAAAUACACAUGAAACGAACAACCUUACCUUACGUUUAUUUUUUAGAGGAGGCAGCGUGGCCGAGUGGUCAGAGCUUUGGGCGUGCGAUUCUGAGGCCCCGAGGUUCAAGUUCCGUUCUGAUCGCUAGCUGGAUUUGUUCUCGGCAGUCCCGAGUUUAAAUCAUGGGUCAUGCUUGUAAAUAGUAAACUGGUUUGCCUCCGACCAGUUGGGAUUCUUAACCCUGUUAAGUUCAAUUUGAAUUAUUUGUUUCCGAAGGAAUUCGAUCGGCGCCACUAGCACUAGUGCUAUAAAUACUGCCGAGGAUGAAUAACGGAAUUCGUCUUCUUAUUAUUAUAAUUUUAAAGCCAAAGCAUGAAGGUUUAAAAUAACUUCUGAUUAAACGGCUUUUAGAGUGGCUUCACACCAGUCGACGUUAAACCUUGUUUUGCUAAAUGAGUAAAGCAAGGGACCAACUGUACCAAAUCCAAAACGAGUGUAAACGACAAGAAAAGCGAAUAUUAUCAGUGCUGAUUUGAUUGAAACUUUGCUCUGCACAAAUCGGAACCUUUUAAUCCCUUUUUAUUUGAAGAGGAAAUCUCCACGCAAAAUGCUUUUGUUCAAGCCUUUUGCCUAGUUUGGUUGGUGCUUAACACAAAAUUUGGAGGAGGUUAAUGGAUAUUAUAUAGGUUUAGCCAAGGUCAAAAGCGAAGCUCUCAUUGAAACUUUUCAGAAUAGUAUUUCUUGGGUUGUUUUCUGCGCCUGCGAUCUCUUAAAUACCAUAACUGGUCAGCUGAGAACUUUACAAAACACGUCACUUCAAUGAGUUGAACACUUGAACCCACAGUCGUGUGACACUGGUCAGUAGAUACACUAUUUUGGCAUUUCACAUCCGCUAACAUGAAGGGGCGGAGGGCGUACGGGUGAUUUUGUCAUAACCAAAAUUUCGUGGAUGCAUAGAUAACCAAAUGUUUUACCCAUGGUGCUCCACUGCGCGCGAGAGCUCCGCCAUAUAAAAUGAAAAAAGGUAUCCAUUCAUAUCCGCACUUUCCCAUGCCACACCAGUAUAAAAAGAAAAUAAUAAUAACCAAUAUGCACACGUGUGUUUAUUGACGAAAGAAAGAGCACAUUUCUUACUGACAAUAUCCUUUCUUUUUUGUCCCUCUUUUUUCAAUCAGAAGAACUUAAUGUUCCCAGUAAAGGUAAGUUCAAUGUACGCUUUCACAGGGCACAUGGACGAAUUCAAUUACUUUACGAAAAAUAAAAUGUUUGACUGGGUAGCCCUUGUAGACUAGAUGAUUUGAACCUUGAUAUGGACGAAGCGACUGGAAUACUUGGGAUGUGUCAGAAUAAUACGAACUGGAACAUAGCUUCUGUAUUAGAUUCCCGGAGAGCUUUUCAUGAUCUACCCUUUUCAAACAUGGAUAAAUAAAUUAGAUAAAUAACUGAAUUCUAGGAUAUUGAUUUGCCAAGCCAUCAUAGUAUAUGUGAAUGUUAUAGGUCUGAAGCAAGGGGUUUUGUGAUCAAAUAAUCACAAAGAAAUAAACGGAUAUGUGAGGAUUCUUUAAAGGUGCUAUGUCACCCCACACGGAUGCGCGAGCCAAUGAAAACAAACUUGAAAAAGUCGGCCCGUCUUUUUCAAGUUCUGUCAAAGAUUUUGGAAGGCUGUUUUUAUCUGUCUAAAUCUCAGCCAUCGCUCGACAGUUAGCGAAGUUUUGUAUUAAGAAUCGUUCUAUGGUGAUUACAGAAUAUUUUUUUGGCGUUAUUUUGAAAUUGUUUGCCUGUGGAAUGUUUUUACGUGGAUUUACUGUAUCCUCUUCGUUAUCAGCGGCCGUUGUAAUUGCAGAGUUAAUGACGGCUACUCCACAAUGAGUGAUGGAAUCUUUGAUGGAAUCUUCCCUAUAGUUCACAGAACCUUUCUAUUGAGUUAUUUUAGAGGUUGCUGGCUCUUGGAUUUUUCUUGUGCUCAAAGUAUGUGGACAUAUAAUGAAGCGGCUAUCGAGUUGGCGGCGGCCGUUUUUGGUAAACGAUUACAAGAGCAUCAGGCCAUGAGUUUCGUGACCAAACUAAACUGCUGGCAAAGGAAACAUUAUAAAAUUCGGUUAGAUUCCUUCUUGUAUUUAUCUGGAUUCACGGCAAAGAUAAACACGACCGUUUGCUCGUCCAGAUUGUUCUCAACGGACUUAGAGAGGCACCUUAGUACGAGUUAGAUCCUGUAAAUGCCAUGUUUUUGAACUGUUUGUGUUCGAGCAUAUUUUUGAAAAAUAGCAGAGUUUACUUUCCCUUUUUAUCAACGGACUGCUUAUAGUGGAGUAGUAUAUGCUUAUAGUGGUUCUGUUUUUCUCGACGUCGCAGUGAUUCGGCACGAUCGAACAAGUUUGCGCGAUAAUGUAUGUUCCCUAAGAUCAAAACAAAGACUUGAUACCUAUUCAAUUUUUGCGCAUGCGUUUGGAUUAUGGAAUAGUUAGAAAUAGCUACAGGUUUUGUAAUUCUUCAUAAACUGAUGACUACGGCUUUGCUUUAAGUCCACAUCUUAGACAACACUUAACAACAUUUAACAACAUUUUGUCUUAAAAGCAACCAUGACCGGUUUCUGUUUCUGUUUAAAUUUCUGUGUCAGUUUCUUCCUCGUAUUAGUAUUUUGGCUUUAACAAGGCUCCAAGCUCUUUAAUUAUGUUGGAUUUUCAAAGUCGCAUUUCGACUUAUUUCUUUUUUAUGGUCUUGCCAUUGUGACUCUGAGACGCAGCGAAUGCAUAAUCGUAUUCAUUUCCUUUUAUUUCUGAAACUUCUGCCUCUACAUCUCGCGAUCUCUUCGCUUAAAUCAAGAGGCUGUUCCACGGCAUUCCAGUUCAUUUUACAGCGUUUUUCCAAUUACUUACUCUUGCUCGCCAAGCAAUUAACGUUAGCGACGAAAUUAUUUCUAAAUGACAAAAUCAUAGCUUCAUGGUAAACAAAUAUGUAUCCCGAGCGUUAGAUUUUAAUUUACAAACAAUAAAGAUAACCUUUGAAAACAGUUUGGCCGAACUGAAAGACCCCAAUUGCAAUCCAUUUUAAUCUUCUUCAAUUUUGCUCAUCCAUGCCUUCGUUAUUUUUACUGCGUUGAUAUUCAAACCUUCCCUCAAUGGUUUAAGUGAGUAUUUCUAAGUUGCGCUCAAUUUCGUGGCCAAGUCGUAGUGACAGACUUUCGUCUCAUAGGUUAUUUAAUAAUGAAUUUGUCGAAUUUCUUGUUUAAAGAUUGCUUCAUCGGGGACGGGCGUGGCUACCGGGGCAGAACCAGCACAACUAUAUCAGGCUACACGUGCCAGCCAUGGAGUGCACCACACCCUCAUCUUGACCAGGCGGUCAAACAGCAGAUAUCCGAAGAGAUAAAAAAUGGUAGCAAUUCCUGCCGCAAUCCAAGAGGUCUUAGUGUGAAAGGCCCAUGGUGUCUUAUCAGCAACAGGACCGUGCAGUGGGAGUACUGUGAUGUUCCUAAAUGUUCCAUAGAAGGUACGUUACUGAAUUCCAAAACUUACACAAAUAUUUGAUAGGAUAUGAAAUGAAAUGAAACCACUUCACAGGAAGAAGCCUUUCCAUGCCCCAAAAGUAUGAAUUAACGUACCGUCUGUGAACGUAGUCCUGAACAGGACUGUUGUUGUUGACAGUGACUGACGUUUCGACAGCCUGUGCGGUAUAGUCAUCUUCAAACUCAAAGUGAGUUGUAUCACGUCAGUUGAUGGUAUUAUACACUGGUUAUUGAUCUGAUUGGACAAUUACGUCGCGAUGUUAUUGGUCGUCUGUCAGUUAAGCCGUGAUGUUAUUGGCUGUGAAGACUCGUAAUCUGUAAUUGGUGCGUUUCGAUCCAUCUAUUGUAGCAGCAUUUGAUUUUGUUUACUGCUCCCUGUCUGUCCUCCAGCUUGUCUUUGUCCUUGACAUUAGUAAGCAGUCGCCGUUAAGUGGUUAUCGGUUUGUGUGCAACAAGUAUAUUGUAUUAGGUUGUAAUAGACGUGCAAUAGUUUCAGAGGUGCCUCUGAUGUACGGUAUAGUCGCUGUCGUAACAGGGCCAGAGUUGGUCUGAGUGUUGGAAUCAGUGUUACUGUGAGUGUUCCGUCUAACAAAGUCCGUGUUGUAAUUGUUCUUACUAAAAACGUUGUUAAGAUAAUCAGUCUAGUCUUGUAGGCUGUCAGAAGAGUUACAGCUUUCUUAAUAAGUACCGCAUGCAUGGCAGUACAGCUGAAAUGAUUUUUGUUGCGUAAUCACAGUAUAAUAUAAAAUAUUACUCAGACUCAAUGUUACCUAACUGCUCCGCCUUAACAAAAUAAGAAAUAAAAAAGGGAAAGACAGCAGUUAACUAACAAAUGUACUGGUUAGAAAGGUUAAUGCCACAUGAAUUACCACAUUGCAGGAUGUUAUCCUUUGCUUAUUGACUACACUCCUCGAUUCUGAGCGCAAUCCACGAUAUUGGACUGCCAGGCACUUUAUUUUUCUUUUAUUCUCUCUAUUACAAAGCCCCCUUAGACCCACCAGCCAACUUUCGAGGUCACAGCUUAAACUCGAGAAGUAUUGAACUCUCCUGGGGACAAGUUCCAAAAUAUCUUCGGUAUGGAACAGUGCUCGGCUUCCAUUUGGCUUGCCUAAGGCUCAACUCGACAGAAGAACAUUCGGUGAAUUUGCCAUCUGCAAAGCUUAAUUGGAUGUUCAAAGGACUGAGAAAAUUUACAAGUUAUAGCUGUCGACUGAGAGCUUACGACAGGUUUGGAAAUGGUACAUGGAGUAAAAAACUGGUGAUUUCAACUGAUGAGGAUGGUAUGUCUGAUAAAAUUGUUCACGAAUUUGUUUUUUCUGAAAUCUCACUGAAUUAUUGAAUGACUGACUGACGACUGACUGCCUUCUAGCGAUAAAAUGUGUUUUGGAGAAUAAAAAUUGGUUGACCGGAGACACCAUUCCACGAAGCUGAGGUCGACAUCGGAGUAGAAUUUCUGUCUUUUAUCAAGUAGCAAAGUGUAGAAAGCGUUCUUGAAUCAAUGGAUAAAGGGGUGGAGGAAACCUAAGGCAUUCGUCAAAAAAAAGACUGCGGUUCAGUUAGGGUUUCUGUUAUUAGGAGCUUUUAGGGCAGGGGUUCUGCUCGUAGAUAAAGGAUCGUUAGACGAUAUCCAAUGUGCAACAGGCUUAUUUUUUUCCCACAAUUUGACAGUUUAUACUCUUAGUCUACUUCUUUUCUUAUGGUGUACUUGCAAAAAAGCAGUUUCUGCAUUCUUUGACAAAUCUUAAGGAUUAGGAUGCAAAGAUACUACAGCUAAGUGUUUUGACCAAGCUAAAUAACUGGCUACACUGAAAAUUAAAAGGAUCUGUUUCAGCCCUAAAGUGUCAAUUCAGCCCUUCCUGGAGCCAUUUGAGCACAAUUUAGGCCAAAAAAGCUCAAUCAAAAGGCUAUUCCAGCCCACGGUAGGGACCAUUUCAGCACUGGGACCAAAUCAGCCUUGGCUAAUUGGACUGUAUUGGCCCUGAUUUAAGGGAGCCAAAUUAGACCCAAAAAUAGGACUGCAUUUUACUCACCGAAACGGCCCUGUUUUUAGGGCUAAAACAGAUCUUUCUGAUUUAGAGUGUAUCAUUCCUUGCUGAUAGAUAUAUUACAGCAGAUCCGUACUUCUGUAUGGGUAUAGCAUUAGACAACGUUGGGUGGAGGCAAAUUGGACACCUUAUGAGGUUUACUCAUUGCAUUAUUCUCUUAACGUAACGAUACCAAAAAAGGACCCCAGCAACCUUGUAGAAUUGCUGAAAACAAACAAACAAAAAUGCAGAGCAUCAGUUAUGGAGAGAACAUAAAAAAGUCAGGAAACUCUGAUGUGUAGUGAUUAUGUUUUAGCACUGGACUGAAAACGGUUAGCUUUCAAAUAUUGUAAUGUGAUACGGCAUGUUCUUCAUGUACUUUUACUGAAGGAAACAAGCUGGCUUCAGCCAAUGUUACCUAAUGCUAAUAUUUCUGUAUUUACUGUUUUGUUAUAGUCCCAGAUCGUCCUCCGAGAGAAAUAUCGGCGUUUAGCUUAGGCAAUAAUGCCGUGCAGCUUAACUGGAGACCAGUCUCACCGAAACAUACCAAUGGAAUGGUGCUUGGUUACAGAGUGUUUUAUAAUGAAGUUCACAACACGUCACGAUCCGCCAGCAUCAAGGUUGCAGCAGAAGAAACGCAUUUAACUAUUGGUGGGUUGAGACCCAGUACAAACUAUAGCUUCCAGAUACUUGCAUUUACCACAAAAGGCAACGGUACUAUCAGUGCAAAAUACUUCGCAAAAACGUUUUCAGGUAUAUAAAGGCGCUUCUUCUUUUAAAGGUAAUUAUUUGAUAUGAGAAAAGUUCAGGAAAGUUCUCAUUUUGGUUCCUUAUUGACCCGCCGCUGUUGUUCGAGGAUAGCAUUUUGUGAAAAAAGAGUGUUCUCGGACAAAGAAAUUAACAAGCCUUGACAUUCCAACCCAAAUUGAAAUUAGACAUUUCCUCUUCGCUCGUAAGGGUUACAAGAGUAGCGUAGUGCUUAUUAUAGCGGCAAAUAUAUCUGACCUUAUACAGCAGUACAGUGAGCAAGCAACAAUAGUUUAUACGUAAUCAAACGUACGCCUAAACCCCUGUUAAGUGUUGUUAUACGAACGUUCGCAAUCAUUUUAUGAAAGUUGUUCUAAAGCUACAACUUAGCGAUACCUUUAAACCUUUGAGGAAAAAAGCAUUAGAAUAGUUCGGUGACGCUUAUAAAACAAAACUACCUUUCUUGAUUACUUUACUUGCACUGUCUAAUUUAAAUUCAUGCCUUAUUCUCAGAUUUUUCGAUGAAGCCAAAUCGAGAAAGCGACGAGAGACGACAAAGCAGUACCACAGGCCUAGGUACUUAACUUUAAUCUCUCACCUCAACUUAUAAGCAUGGUAAAGGUUUUCAAUUUCCUUAAUUCGUCAGUGUCAUCGAGAAUUUACGCUUUCUUUUUGUGUUUUCAUCUAACAGGAACAGAAGCCAUUGUUAUAACAAUCGUUAUAUCCAGUAUAGUUGCUGUUGGAGUAAUUUGUCUAGCAAUCUACUCUGUCAGAAAGAAACAGUCAUGGAACCUCAGAGUCCGCUACAGUAAGUGAUAAUAGACACCCUUCGUCUACUACCAUCUCCCCACUAAACCAAAAAAAUGGCCCUGGUGUUAACAGCUAGUCUGCUUAGUCUCAUGGGCCACAAACACUCUCUAAUGUCGCACGCGCUGGACGCGCUCAACUCAACGAGCAGAUUUCCAAAAUUAGAAGCUUCACUACAGUAUCUAUUGUAAGUAAAAUAUAAUGUUCACAAACAAGCUUUGACCUAGUUAGGUAAUGAUCGGUUUGCACUCGAAUUCAAAUUUAGACAUUUAGAAAGGAGAUUUCUGGGAUGUUUUUACUUACAAUUUGUAACUUUCGCACCCGAUGUUUAAAUCAUAAAUUACCCCGCUUUAUUUUUAGAAACAAAUGUAAUUUUCUUUGAUUCCAGUGACGCCUAAUGUACCCGGAAAAGAUAUCAACGAAAGUCUUGUCGCAGUAGAGGCGAUUAAUGCAGGUGAAGUGAGAGAGUUAACCGCUCUUGGAGAAAUAAAGACGUGUUCUGAGGGAUGGAGGCAGAGCACAGAGAGACUAACUACAUAA